AUGAGUGUCGACGAGACUGACCGGGCCCUCAUGCGCCGGGUGGCGGCUCACGUGUGUGACCACGUCGGUGAGUGCUUCGGUGAGCCUCCCUGGGGCCUGCUCCACUGGGCGCCGGCGACGGAGGUGGUGAAAACGGGUGAGGGCGUGGCGCCGUUUUUGCGCCUUAUCGAGCUGACGAUGGCGCCGCUCUACCGCAAACACAAGGGCGACCAGUGGACGUUGGAGAAGCAGAUGGAGAUGCGGGAGCCGGGGAUCGUCUACGUGUGGAUCGAGGACGCCCGCCAGGUACCAGUAGCGUUUGUCACUGUGAAAGUGGUGCUGAACGACGGCAUGGUGGUGCUCUACCUAUAUGAGAUCCACGUAUUGCCGCGCUAUCACGGCAAGCGCCUCGGCGCCUACUUGAUCAACGGCGUCCACCAGCUCACCGCCACCGUCACCUACCCGUACCCGCUCCAGGCCACCUGUCUCACCGUGUUUAGCGAUAACCAUCGGGCUUUAGUAUGGUACACCAAACUUGGCUACCGUCUCAGCCGCAGCAGCCCCACCGACAUCGUCCUCCGGGGCCGGAUCAAGAAGCCUCAGUGCUACUACAUGGAGCGCCUUAUAGCGCUGUCGCCAACCCUAAAAUUAGCAUAG